CCAGUCUUCAACCACAGCUGGAAUCGUGCAGUUCGAAAAAUUCCCUUUGAACCCACCGCCAACAUGCUCUACCUCGUGGGGCUAGGUCUCGCAGACGAGACUGACAUCACGGUCAAAGGCCUCGAGGUCGUCAAGAAAGCCUCGCGCGUCUAUCUCGAGGCCUACACGAGCAUCCUCCUCGUCGACCAGGCCGUCCUGGAGAAUUACUACGGCCGCCCCAUCAUCGUCGCCGACCGCGAAAUGGUGGAAUCCAACAGCGACGAGAUCCUGCGCGAAGCAGACAAAGUCGACGUCGCCUUCUGCGUAGUUGGCGAUCCAUUCGGCGCGACGACGCACACCGACCUUGUGCUGCGUGCGCGCGAGCUCGGAAUCGCCGUCAAGACCAUCCCCAACGCGAGCAUCAUGUCGGGCAUUGGCGCGGCGGGCCUGCAACUGUACAAUUUCGGACAGACGGUCAGUAUGGUGUUCUUCACGGACACAUGGCGGCCCUCUUCGUUUUAUGAUCGAAUAAAGGAGAAUCGGGACGUGGGACUCCAUACGUUGGUGUUGCUGGACAUCAAGGUGAAAGAGCAGAGCUUGGAAAAUAUGGCCCGGGGGAGGAGAAUUUACGAGCCGCCGAGGUACAUGACGGUUGGGCAGUGUGCCAGCCAGAUGUUGGAGAUUGAGGAAGAGCGGAAACAGGGGGUAUAUGGACCAGAUAGCUUGGCUAUUGGCGCUGCAAGAGUUGGUGGGAGAGAUGAGAAAUUCGUUGCUGGGACGCUGAAAGAGCUAUGUGAGACGGACGAUGCUCUGGGACCACCCUUGCACAGCAUGGUAUUGUUGGGUCGAAGAGCACACGAGCUCGAGAGGGACUAUGCUAGAGAAUUCUCCGUCAACAAAGAGACCUGGGACAAGUUGUGGACACAGUAUUAUGGCAAACAAUAAGUGGUUGAGCAUAAUGUUAUCGAAUCAAUCACAUUUCACAUUAAAAUAAGAC